AUGGCUAAGCCGACGUACAUGUAUGAGAGGGCUUUAGGCCCAAGCCAACCAGAGACGUGGGGAGAUCCAUGCAAUCUUUCGACGAUCGAAUUAAACGAGCAUCCCUUCUCCGUCACCAAAAAUCUUGCGAUUGCUUUGCGUCACUUGCGAGACGAAUGUCAGGUUGUCGUAAUCUGGGCCGAUGCAAUAUGCAUAAACCAGCAGGACCUUGACGAGAAAGCUACCCAAGUACCCCGGAUGACAGAAAUCUACAACAAAUCGAAGAAGGUUAUUAUUUGGCUUGGAGAGGAAGCCGAGGACAGCUGUUACGCGAUGAACUUUAUCCAUGGUAUCGAUCGCCGCUUGGCUUCUAGGGCUCCUCGGCUACGAGAAGACUAUCUUGCGAUGGCGCAAGCUUUUGACGAUAGAGCCUUGCGAGCGAUAAAUCGGCUACUCCAACGACCUUGGUGGAGCCGAGCCUGGAUCAUCCAAGAAGCAACAUGCGACAAUGAAACCUUUGUUAGGUGUGGCAGAGAUGUAACCGAUUUCACAGCAUUUGUGGCGACCAUCAAUUGCCUGGUAUAUUACGUCGUACGACUCUCUUUGCGAGGUCAUGCGUUAGACCAGCUCAGGGAGCAGCGAGGGCAGUCAAAAUAUCGCCCAUGCCUGCUGGACAUGCUGGACACUUUCCGUACGUGUGAAGCAUCUGACCCGCGCGACAAAAUCUUCGCUCUAUCAGCGUUAGUUACCGGGAGGGGAAAAGAAGCAGCGACUCCAGAUUAUUCGAUCUCCGUUGAUCAGGCUUACAGCAAAUUUGCGUAUCUCUUCAUUCUGUCAGAACGAACUCUAGGCAUUCUAGGACACUGCCAAGUCGCGGUUCGAACUAUUCACUCUUGGUCAUCGUUCAAACUCAUCACCCCUGAUCUUAUCCCCAAAAGCGUCCUGCCUUCUUGGGUUCCUGAUUGGACCAUGAUGCUGGAAACAACGCCGUUUGAAAAUUACCAAAAGCCAGGCGUCGACCAAUCUGAAAGGGUGUAUAACGCAACUGGGUCAUUCCCUCCAUCGGUUCACUUUACUGGGGGUCUUGGCACAUUAUUUGUCCGUGGCUUUACUUUUGAUAGGAUAUUAUUUAUCAGCCCCGAAGCUUCUUCGGCACAGCUUACGACAAUCAAGUCUUGGUACCUCUGGGUCGAAACCAAGUUUGGAAGCACCUAUUUUACAGGCGAGUCGAUUCGGGAAGCUUUCCUUCGCACUAUCGUAGCAGACGUUAGCGUGUCGGAGGGGCGCUGUGUUAGAGGGGGUCAAGCAAAAUGGCCGGUUCAAGAUGAAGCGGGAAGCUUAGAAGGGUCGUUCGAUUCGUAGUCACUCAUUCGGAU